AUAACAAUGAGGAAAACGACAUAGAUUUUGAUUGACGAAUAUUUAAUUUUGAUUACAAAAUACAGAAGGGCAACGUAAAUCGGAAAUCUUCUAUGUCAUUGAGGUAGGAAACGUAAGUUUGGCGCAAAGAAUCGGAUUUUUUCCCGAAUGUCGUAAUAUUUUUUAAAAGCUCAGUUGAAAUUGAAUGCAAGUUAGAGGGCACUAACAUCGUGUUUAUAUUUAUGCUGACAUUUGAUAAUUCGGAUAAAUCAACAAAAUCAGUCAUGGGACCAAGCGGGUAAUCGACCAGAAGAGAUUGAGGGUAAAAUGGAAGAAGAGGAGGAGGAGAUUUGGGAUUAUCAGUCUAUAAAGAAAGUCAGAAGGGGUGUGGAUAAAUCUAAAGGCCCACCCAAAGUAGAAGCUAAACCUCAUCUGCCCUCUAAGCAGAUAUCUGGCACGUCAUCGGACAAGAGGAAAAGAAAACUACCUACAAGGGACAGGAAGACCCCUCAGAAAAAGGAGGACACAUCAAUCAAGCAGGCUGUAUUGAAAACUCGCCAAACUCCCACCCGUCCCCAGGGUGCGUGUCCCACUCCCACCCGUCCCCAGGGUGCAUGUCCCAGCUGUCAGGUGCCCCUGUCAUGUCUAGGGAUAUUAUCCCCAUCCUGGCACAUAAUGGAAUGUGUGGAGUCAGGUCCACAAUCCUCUGUUGAGUGCCCUGAUGGUUUGUCAUGUGACAACACAAUAGAGAGUCACUAUAGAAACUAUUCUCAUCACAGACUGGCAUUACAUCGAUCUACAAACCGUGAGGCAUUACAUCGAUCUACAAACCGUGAGGCAUUACAUCGAUCUACAAACCGGGAGUCUACAGAGAGCCCAGAGGAAAACAAACUAGCAAGAAAGGAGCUGAAAUUUCCAGAAGAGUUUGAUCAAAAUCAGAGUCGGGUUCCUUCAACGGAAGAGACAAAGGCAGAAAUCCAGGGCAGUGAAUCCGACGUGGAAAGCGAAGAUUUCCCGAGUCAACGGAGUUUGUCGGACAUUUUGGAUGCCGCCCAUAGUGACAGUGAUAUAGAUAAAGUGUUGUCUGAUGAGGAAUCUGACGAUAAAUCUGAUGACAAAGACGACAGAUUUGUUCUUUCUUUGUUACCAGACAAGGAGAUUGAUGACGGAUUGUCUUGUGUGAAACAGGAGACGGUCAUGUGCUUCUCUACGGAGGAAGAUGAGAAGAACGAAGUCAAAAAACUGGAUGUAGGGGAUAUUUUCUCUAGUGGUGACUCCAUGUUGUCUUUUUCGUCACAAGAUGAGUCAGCUGGUGAAGUCGGAACUAGACAGACAGACAGGAAAUGGAUAAGUACGAAACCUCCAGUCACAGAUAUGAACAGUCUUAAAAGGAAGAGCUUAGCUCAAACAGAACAGCUGGAUGACAAGCUGUUCUCUUCUGAUGAUAAACGACACGAGGAUCUUGCAGAAAGGAAAACAAAUUGUGAUUCAGGAAGUCAGGAAAGUUUAUUGAACAAUGAGGAAGUGUAUUAUGUUUCUGAUUCAGACUCAGAUUUUCAAGACUGCGAAGAUACCGCUUCUUUGUCUCAGAAAAUGCAGUGGGCAAGAAUACUCACACCACAGACAUGCUCACAGAAUUCAGGAAGUUCACAAAAACUCUCAGGAAGGAAAAGCUCAUCACAGACUUCUACCUCCUCUAAAACGCCCUCAGUCAAGAAAUACAAGAGUUUACCUCAGAGUUCUACCUCUUCUAAAAUGUCUUCUCUCAAGAAAAGUGGAAGUUCUCCCACAAGUGCUCAAGAAUCUUCAGCGAAGAAGAGAAGUUUUCCUCAAAAGUCUAACUCAGGAAGGAAGAAGAAAGAUCAAUCAAAUACAAAGCCAAGCACGGGUAGAAAACAGUCCUUAAAUCCAAUGCUCAUAGGAUAUCUAAACAAAGGGAAGCAAUCAGAGUCGAGGGGGACUGCUACACUUAACAUCAGUGGAGUUAAAAACAAGCAGACGUCGCUCACGUCAUUUUUCUUUGGUAGGAAUAUCAGGUCUGCUCCAGAAACUAGCGUACUGCCGGGCACAAGCACAUCAAAUUUGUCUGAUUCAGAGUUAAAGUCAAAUUUUACUAAAGAAAAUCGUAAAUUAGUGACUCCAAAAGGCAAUAGAUCUUCACUGAAAGAGGUCACAAACAAAAUGAGAAGUUCCGAAGGGAAAGGCCCUGUUUCUUCAGAGGAAGACAUUGGUGUUGAUAUGAAUACUAAAGCAGUCGCUCUUAAAACAGCUGGUUUUAAGAAUAGUUCCUCUGACAUUGGCUUGACAUGCAAUUCAUUAGAGAUGUGCAAUGGAAUGGCUGUUUCUACAUUUGUGACUAAAGAGCCGAGUACCAGUAAAGUUGUGGACUCGGGAUCAACGAGUAAGACCUCGAGUUCAACAGAUUCCAAUAAGCCCAAUGCAAUGACAUUUCUGAUGUCCAAGCAAAGGAAAGGUAAACCUAAGCAAGCCAUGGAGAAGUCAGUAGGGGAGGUGGAGAAGUCAGUGGGGGAGGUGGAGAAGUCAGAACUGAUUGUUCCGCCAGCGGAGAAUCCACGGCAUAAACCAAACAAUAUCUAUAAAAAGAGGAACUGUCCAUUCUACAAGAAAAUACCAGAUACAGGGUUUACGGUGGACGCCUUUAGCUAUGGCGUAAUUCCAGGCUGUACGGGAUACAUUCUGUCUCAUUUUCAUUAUGACCAUUAUACUGGACUGACCAAGUCUUUCUCACAGCCCAUCUACUGCAGCCAGAUUACUGCCAAUUUGGUCAUCUCCAGAAUCAAGGUCAAUAAGUCCUAUGUCCGUGUCCUGCCAUUAAACAAACCGACGCAUGUGGAUGGAGUGGAAUUAACAUUUCUAGAGGCCAAUCAUUGUCCUGGGUCAGUUCUGAUCCUCUUUAAGCUGAAGGAUGGUAGGAUGUUUCUUCACACGGGAGAUUUCCGGGCAGAUCAGAACAUGGAGCAGUACCCUGCCUUGGUUGGAGUUCGGAUAUCACAACUUUAUUUGGAUACUACUUACUGUAAUCCGACCUACGCGUUUCCAUCCCAGAGAGAAGUGAUUGAGUUUACAGUGGGUAUGGUACAGCAAGAAAUUCAGAAGACCCCCAGGACUCUGAUUGUGUGUGGCUCUUACACGAUAGGCAAGGAGAGGAUAUUUAUAGCUAUUUCAGAGGCCCUUAAUUGCAAGAUCUGUGUUUUGCGCGACAAAAAGAACGUUUUAGACUGUUUGGAGGAUCACAGCCUUCGAAAGAAACUGAGUCUGAAUUUCAACGAUUCCUGUCUACAUGUUCUGCCGAUGACAAAAUUAAAUCCUAGGGCUCUGUUGGAACAUUCUAGGAAGUUGACAACCUCAUACCAAAACAUUCUGGCUCUGGAGCCCACUGGGUGGACGUUUAGCAAGAUCAGCUCUCUGAAGGAGAUACGGCCCGAGUACAACAGGGAUGGGAUUAAGAUUUACGGUAUUCCCUACUCUGAACACAGCAGUUAUUUGGAACUUCAGAGAUUUGUACAGUUUAUCAAGCCUAGCAAGAUUAUUCCCACAGUCAAUGUUGGAAACCCUGCCAGUCGAACUAAAAUGACCGCUAUUUUCCAACAGUGGCAGCAAGGGACCCUGAAGACUCCCAAGAAAAACAGUCAAAUGUCCAUAAGUACCUGGGCUAAGUAGUGAACAGGAAAAAAAUCUGUUAAAUGUCCAUAAACUAGUGAACGGGGGGAAAAAAAACCAGUCUUUACAUGUAUGUAGACAAACUUCUUUGUAGUCAACAAAAACUUAAAAUUUCGGGAUAUAAAUUUAAAGAUGAAUAUGCUACUCGGACCUCGCUGAAAUCUUGUGGAUGGAAAUUAUUUAUAGCAUUUCUGUGAUAUUAUCUAUGUAUAAUCUGCUGCUUUUGUGUGCAGCAUAUUUCCUUGUGAAAACAAUGGAGAUUUAUUAUGGUUGUCUUUGACAACAAUGGAAUUAUGAUAGAGCUCAACUGAAUAAAGAACCAUUAAAAUGCU